CGGGAUGCGGCUCUACCGCGCAUGCGCCGGAGCGCUUCAAACGCCGCUAGUGGACUGCUGCAGUCUGGAGCCGCGUGGAAAGACUGCACACCUCGUUUAUUUCAAACGCAUAGGUGGCGAGCCCUAGUCGGUGCUUUUUUUGAUUUGUCCUCCUCCAUCGUCCUCAAACUGGUUUAUUCACCCUAUUCGCGCCAUGGCCAACAAAGAGGAGAAAGCUGACGAGAAACAGUCCAGUUGGAAAGAUUUUAUCUACAACCCACGGACGGGGGAAUUCAUCGGGCGCACCGCGAGCAGCUGGGCUCUUAUAUUCCUCUUUUAUCUGGUCUUCUAUGGCUUCCUGGCGGGAAUGUUCAGUCUCACCAUGUGGGUGAUGCUACAGACGCUGGAUGAUCACACUCCCAAAUACAGGGACCGAGUGGCCAAUCCAGGGCUGAUGAUCAGGCCGAGGGCAUUGGAAAUGAAAUUUAACCGAUCGAUUCCCCAGCAAUACAACAUGUACGUGCAGCACCUGGAGGCCUUCCUGCAGCCGUACAAUGACUCUCUGCAGGAGGCGAACGAGGUCUGUCCUGAUGAUAUGUACUAUGAGCAAGACAACGUUGAGGAGAAGAAGGUUUGCCAGUUCAAGAGAAGCGUGCUACGACAGUGCUCUGGGCUGGCUGAUAGCAAUUUUGGUUAUUCUGAGGGUCAGCCAUGCAUCCUAGUCAAGAUGAAUCGAGUGAUUGGGCUUAGGCCACGAGGAGACCCGCAUAUCAGCUGCACAGCCAAGAGAGAAACUCCCCUGCAGAUGCAGUAUUUCCCCGCGGAGGGCAAACUCGACAAGAGUUACUUCCCCUAUUAUGGCAAGAAGUUGCAUGCAAACUACGUCCAGCCUCUGGUAGCCGUGAAGCUGCUGCUGACGGAGGACGACUACAACACCGAGCUCACCAUCGAGUGCAAGGUGGACGGUUCGGACCUGCUCAACAGCGACGAGCGCGACAAGUUCCUGGGCCGCGUCAUCUUCCGCGUCAAAGUGUCCAAGUAGCCUAGAUCAUUCACCGGAGACGCACGAUGUCAGUUCCUCUCACGCAAACCCUUCUCACGUCCAUCACGUCCAUAUCACACACACCUCGUCCCCUCCGUGGCGUCCCGAGAUUCAUUCAGGGCCUUGAAGAAUGCAGUUGGAGUGUAGUUGGAUGCACACAGACUUUCGCUGGCCCCCCGCGUUACAGACGGGCCAGGGAUGGAAAAGUGCAUGCGCGUGGAGCUUAAUGAAGGUUUUAGGACUCAUUGAUUUGCCCAUUCAUCAUAAAGCAAUCCGAAGGUAAAAUUAAAUUCAAAGGUAUAAAACGAGACGCCGCGUCAUACGAGAGAAGCUAGAGUCAUCGUGUAGUAAGUUUAGGGACCUGUAAAUAGAUGCAUCAACACAUCAUGUGGAUGUGGUCUGCUCCCCUCAUAGUACUGUUUAGCCUGCCAUGUGUGUGCGUGUGAUGUGAAGCCUCUGUGUACAUAUUUAAUGGAUUUUAAACACUCUUUUUCUCUGUCAUUGCUCUCACGUCGUCUGACUGCUGUAAGAAAUCAAGAGUAUGAAAUUAUAUAAUAGCUGUAAUUUAAGAUUAUUGAGAAAUGAAAAAAUAAAGAGGGGGUGGGGAGGGGUGGGUUAAGGGGGAAAACGCCAAAAAGAUAUAUAUAUAUAUAUAUAUAUACCUGUCAAACCUGGUUUGAAACCCGUCCACCAUCUGAGGGAAAGGAUUUUUUUAAACCUCUGCAGAAACUGUUCUUUGUGCAGAUGCCUUACGAUCUGUAUGAGUUUAAAAACCUUGAAAUAAAAGUGAUUUUAAACAAA